GCGCCUGUCAAGACUUGCCCGUGCUGUGCCUCUGUCGGGCCCGGCGUGGAGUUGGCCUUGGUGUGCCCGCAGAAUGAUCUGUACAACGCUGACCUCCGCAACGCCAAUUUGGAGGGGGCCAUUCUCGAGGACGUGAAUCUCGCCUGCGCGGUGUUCGAUGGCGCGCAGCUGAAGGGCGCCGAGUUCAAAAACGCGCGAGGCGCCGCUGUCUCGUUCCGCAACGCGAAGAUGGAAAAUGCGCAGGUCGGCGAGACGUCGUUCACCAGCCCCGACUUCACCGGCGCGCAUAUCAGAGCGGCCAGCUUCGAGUUGACCGUCUCUCCGGGCGCAAUAUUUGACGGCGCCAAUAUCGAUGGCACCGAUUUCAAGAGCGCGAGCCUCGACCGCGCGAGCUGGAAGGGC